AUGGGUGAGGCUGGCAUUGGGAAAACAGUCUUAACACAGAAAUACACCCUCGACUGGGCUGAAGACAAAGCCAACCAGGACAUCCAGUUCAUAUUUCCAUUCACUUUCAGAGAGCUAAAUAUGCUGAAAGAGGAAAAGUUCAGCUUGGUGGAACUUGUUCAUCACUUCUUUACUGAAACCACAGAAGCAGGAAUCUGCAGCUUUGAAGACUUCCAGGUUGUGUUCAUCUUUGAUGGUCUGGAUGAGUGUCGACCUCCUCUGGACUUUAACAACACUGAGAGUGUUACUGAUAUUACAGAGUCGACUACAGUUCAUGCGCUUCUGACAAAUCUGAUCAGGGGGAAACUUCUUCCAUCUGCAAGACUCUGGGUAACAACACGACCUGCAGCAGCCAAUCAGAUUCCCCCUGACUAUGUUGACAUGGUGACAGAGGUCAGAGGGUUCACUGACCCGCAUAAGGAGGAGUACUUCAGGAAGAGAUCCAGAGAUGACGCCAGCAGGAUCAUCUCC